CCGCUCUGCCCACACAUCAUCUCUAUGGUGAGUGAAAGGUCUCAUAUGACGUCACUUUCCGUUUCCGCUCUCUCUUCGCUACGCGGUAGGCCAAGAUGGUUAAUGUUCCGAAGACACGUCGGACCUACUGCAAGAAAUGUGGGCGUCAUCAGCCACAUAAAGUGACUCAGUACAAGAAGGGAAAAGAUUCCCUGUACGCCCAAGGAAAGAGGCGAUAUGACCGCAAACAAAGUGGUUAUGGUGGACAAACAAAGCCUAUCUUCAGGAAGAAGGCUAAGACCACAAAGAAGAUUGUGCUGAGGCUGGAAUGCGUUGACUCAAACUGCAGAUCCAAGAGAAUGUUGGCAAUCAAGAGAUGUAAACACUUUGAACUUGGAGGUGACAAGAAGAGAAAGGGACAAGUUAUCCAGUUCUAAAUUGCUGCAGUGUUUGUUUCCAACUAAUAAAAUUGUCAU